ACUCAGUGUUGUUCAUGUUCAGUCGGCCCGUCUGUUUGGCGAGCUGAGGUUGUGUUGGAUUGCGUUUUCAGCCACUCGGACCGACCCACGUGCGCAUGCUUAACUGCGUUGCUGAUAAGUGCCUGACUUUUGACUGCCGAUAACAUUGUCCGCGUCGAAACGACCAAUCAAACAAAAGGGAAAAACGCUGCAUUCUAACGCACUUUUUUGCGCUAUUGACAUUGAUUGAUAACGGACAGGACAGUGUAUGUGGACAGUGGAAAGUGAUCUAUUGGUGGCUACGGGACGUUUUUGUUUUACCGACAAACUGAGGAAUAUAACAGCAGCGGAGGAAUCGCUCUGGAAAUACCUAAAAGGUGAAGGAGGGGGCGGCGGGGCGCGGCGCUGCGCGCGCGAUGCGGCGUCGCCCGCGCACGCGCACGCGCCCGCGCCGGCGCCGCCGCACGUCAAGAUCGAGCGGCUCAGCCCCCACGACUCCACCGCCUCCAGAUCCCGCAGCGUGACGCCGUCAACGUCGUCAUACCCGGGCACGCCGCCUGAGCGCGGCAGCCCGCACGCUCCGCCGCCGCACCCGCCGCGCAACUACUCGGACAUCAUGCGCUCCCUCGCCGCGCGGUAUAACAGCCCGCCUAACGACUACUUCCACCGUAUGAACGGCUUCGGCGCGGAGCGUGCGCCGGCGCAGGAGGCGACGGACGCGCCGCUCGGUGGGCUGUUCACAAAGAUGGCGAAGCAGCAGGGCGGCCCGCCGCGGCUGCCCGCCUUCCCCGUCAUGCUCGACAUGAGCUCCACUAAGACGCUGCUAGCGAUAUCCCGAGUGGGUCGCGGAGGGCGCUCGAGACGCAAGCGCGCCGGGACAGCACCGGAGCACUCGCCGCUGGAUCUGUCGGCGGCGGGCGAGAGCGCAGCCAAGCGCGCGAGGCUCUCCGCUAGCCCGAGCACUAGGAGCGACAGCGGCGAGAGGGACCCGGUGUCUAAUGAUGAGCGAGGCGAGGCACGAGACUGCUUAUGUGCGGAGGCCCGCGCGCGCCUGUCGGCGUGGACGGUCGACGACGUCUGCGAGUUUGUCACGUCCAUCGACAUCUGCGCAGAAUACACAGCGAACUUUCGCGAGCAGAGAAUCGACGGAGCCGGCCUUCCCCUCCUGACCGAAGACCACCUAACAGGCAUGCUGCAGAUGAAGCUGGGGCCGGCGCUCAAGCUCAAAGCCGUCCUGGCGAGGAGGCUCGAGCCGUGCGCGAGCUGCCAGGCACAGGCCCAAGCCAGUCCCACCAGUGUCAGGAUAAACGGGGCAGCCCUAAAGGCGGAGCCUAGGAGCAACACCACUAGCCCUAGUUAGGGUUGAAAUAGUAUUAAUUUUCUUUUUUUUAAUCAUGUCGUGUUUCGUGUUUCCAUCCAGCUAGGUUCUGAGCGCGUUUAUGGUGCAGUCAUAUGUGGAUUCUAAUGGUGUUUUAAAUUAAAAUCACGUUAGAAAUAUCGAUGUUUGUAAAAACAAAUUGUCGUGUAUUUUUGACAUUGAAUGCGCUCGUAAACAUGAUUUUAAAACAUUUUUUUAAUAUAACAGAAUAAUCAAUGUCAUUUAUAAUAAUUGAAUAUUUUUAUAUAGUAUCAAGAGCAAUGAAAACGGGUACGGGCGUGAAUGAAUACCCUUUUUCAUUUGUUUUGAACAUAUCGAACACGAACCAUGCCUGCACUAGCUAAUAAUACGACUCCUAAGUCAUCGAGUCCACGUUUCAGUCUUCCUGUAUUUGUAUAUGUAGAUUUUGCAUUUAGUUAAUUAUUACAUUUAGGUGUACACUUAGCUUAAUCUAUGUAAAUAUAGAUCGUGUAUUGCCGUCCAAAAUGACUUAAUAAAUAAUUUUGUGAAGUAUAUUUUUUGUCUAAAUACUUCGACGACCUUAAAUAGUAAAAUUCGGUGCUAAGACCCUGAGGGAAUAUAAAAACAGUAAAAGCUGUUUAAAAAUGUAUAUAAUUUCCGUUUGUAAAAAUUGUUACUUAUAUAUUUUGAGGCUACUAUAAUCUACAUCUAUACAGGGUCACAAAGAUAUACUGUAUAUACAUACAUAGUUUGUAAAGAUGUAUAAUUACGUCACUGUAUCAUAGCAUUUAAUACACCUGAAAAAAGCUCAGUAUAUUGAUACCGACUACAGUAAUAUUACUUAGUACAUAAUACGAUUGUGUAAUUUAGUAUAAAUAAAACCUUUUUUCAGCCCGCAUAAUAUUUGCCUGUAUAAAAGAUGUAAAUAGUUACGUUCCACUUGUGACUAGUUUUCAGUUCUAUUUGACUGUAGAGAUAAAUACAAUGUAACGAGUAGGUUUUUACCUGUGGUAAUCUCCUUAAUUGCCAAAAUAGUAUAUGUUCUGCGACAUAUAGACAAUACGUAUGUAUACAUACAAUAUGUUAGAGUAACGUGAUGGACAAGCGAGAAAAAACUUUUCUUUGAAAGGCACGAUAUAAUUUUUCUAUAACAUUAUACAGUACGUCUUCCAACAUAUAAAUCACCUAACAAUAGUAAAUAGUACUGAAAUCAUAAUAAUCUUAGCAUAAUCGCAACACAUACGAUUUAAAAAAUAUUUAAGGUGCUAUUUUGGUGAUAAAAAUCUUUGCUCGUGCCUUAAAAUAGUCUUCCUAAAAUGAAAAUAUAUUCAGAUGUUAAAGUAUUACGGUUCUACGCUUUAAAUCAGUUAAUACAAUAAUACUUAAUUAUAGAUAAUAAUUGAAAAUAUAAAUAGGUGAUGUUAUUUUAGCAUUAUAUUCAAGAAUCAGUGCUUUUAUUAUGUAACUAACGUAUAAUAACGGAUAAUAGGACCAGUGACUUACGAAUGAAUGAUUAUGUGUGUAUUAUUUUUUUGUUUCAUGUGAUUUAAGAGAUGACAGUAGUGUAGAUAUUGAAUAGAGUCACGUCCUGAUUCGAACUUUAAGAUACAUCAAAAGUUUGCUAAAAAUACGAUAUGGAUCGGAUAUGUCAGUGUCAAAAGUUACGUUUUUAUUUGAAGAAUCGUCAGUUUUAAUACUGACAUAUCCAAUUCAUAUCGUAUCUUUAGCAAAAUUUUAACGUAUCUUAAAGUUUGAAUCAGGCCGUUAGUUGGCUUGUUUCAUUAAAUAGAUUGCUUAACAAUCUAUUAAUGAGAAAAAUCAGAUAAUUCAAUUUAUUCGAAUCUAAUGAGUUCCAAGCGUGACACGAGUCCAUUUUUCCAAAAAUUUAGUAAUUAUCACGGCGAAGCUUUACAAGUGGAUUUCUCUGUCAUUGAAUUUAGUUUUAAUAUUUUAAAACCACGUCCAUCUUUUUAGGGUUAUUUACUAUAAAACUACAUUAUUGACAGUGAAAUGGGCUUUGAUACUAAAAGAUAGACUAAACUUUGUAAGCUUACAUCUUCUAUUUCCAAAUUGCCGGUAGCAUCAAAGCGCCAUGUGGGUAUAGGACAUUUUCGCGAAAACGCAUAAAUGAAACUAUUAAUAUAGAAAAAUUUGGUACUUCAUCUUUUCAUACUUACUAUUCAUAUAGCGUUAUUUUACUACCGACUGAAUCAUAAAACUUAGUCUAUUUUGUUUCCGAAGUUACUAAAUAAUAUUAAUCAGUAAGUGAAUCAAUGUCUAUUUUUCCUAAUGCUUUCCAGAAGUCUAAAGUGGAAUAAUACAAUUUUGCUACGAGAAUUAGAGCUACGAAACGUUAGCUACAAAUGCUACGCCGUAGUUCACUCGUGUAUAAAUUGUGCUUACAAUAAAAUUAAGGAUUCCGUUUAAUUAAGGACCGUAUUUCUAUGUCCAUAAUAUAUUUUGAAAUCCCGGGACUCGUGUCGCAGGAGACGAUGUGUAUUUACAUCACUAUCUUCUUCUAAAUAGCAUCGUUAAAGCAAGACAGCUAGUGUUAAUAUUUACCUACACUGCCGUUCGAAAUAGCAAUGCUACAUUGAAAACAUAUUGAAUGCGUCUUUGAAUGGCGGUACAGUGUCUGAUAACUCAAAGACUUGUCUUAUGUUAUUAUUAGAAUAAUUAUGUUUAACAAGGUAUUAGUCACUUGUUUCUUCGCAUUGUACUUAGUUUAUGAAUGUGCUUGUUUAUCUGUUUACGGACAUUUGGGUCCGAUUUUAUGUGGAAAGAAUUAAAAUGAUGAAUAUUGAGAUA